GUAUGGUCUCAAAUGCGUCGAGCUCAAAUUGCUAGUACAGAUGUGAAAAUGCAUAAUUCACAGAUUAGCAAAGAAUUGGGUGCUGAAUGGAGAGAAAUGAGUGUUGAAGAGAAAGCACCAUAUGUUAAACGGGCUAAGGAAUUACGGGAAGAAUUAAUGCGCCGUCAUCCAAAUUAUGUUUAUCGUCCAAAACGUCGAUCGCAUGGUACGACAAAAAAUUUAUUGACCAAAUCAUGUGCGGUACUUCCUACAACCACCGGUCCAUCGAUGACACCAUCAUCAUUUGAACAAAGAUCGCAUUCAUUACCAUCAAUUCCAUCAGCACAUGAUAUUAGACGAUUAUUUCUAGCUCGGGUAAUGCAAGAACAACAAAACAAUAUGCUAUUAGCAGCAUAUCGUAAUCAUUUACUUGCAGCUGCUACAACAACACCCUUAAAAGACUCUGCUAAUUUAGAUUCUGUUGAUCAAGAGAAAUUACAAUCAACAAUGGGAAAUAUUACAACGGGUAGUGCUGCUGCUGCUGCUGCUGCUGGUGCUGCUGCUGCUGCUGCUGCUGCUGGUGGUGGUGGUGGUGGUGGUGGUGUAUCAAUUGCAGCCGAACAAUUUAAUCCAAUUUCAUCAUUGCCUAUGUUACAAUCACCGUACAAUCCUAUCAGUCCAUUGCUUGGUUCACAAUUUAAUCCAUUUCUAUUUAGUUAA